AUGAGCACCGUUCGAGAGAAUGGCGGAUCUUCGACCUGCGUUAUCGAGCUACGACCUACUUCGGCAUUCUCCACGAAAGAGGAUGGGCAAAGACCACCUGGCAUAACCCUCAAUACUGAACGAGAGAAUAAUGAUAAUAGCAAUGAUCACCACACUCCUGGAUGGGAACAGGAUACUGAGAGCCUUGGACCGGGAAGAGCCGUCGCUCAUGCUCGAGAGAAGUGGAACGAGCCAUCGGUUAAUGCACCUCGGACUUUUGCGACUUUUUGGUGUUUCGUUAUCAUGGGCGCGAAUGAUGCUGCGUAUGGUGCUUUGAUUCCAUAUCUCGAAACUUACUACAACCUCACCUACACAAUUGUCUCGCUCGUGUUUCUUUCGCCUUUGGUUGGCUAUGCUGUCGCAGCUCUGUUCAACCAUGCAAUCCACAUGCGGUUGGGCCAGCGGGGAGUCGCGAUUCUCAGCUCUAGUUUCCACCUGAUUGCGUAUGUGAUCAACUCGGUUCAUCCGCCAUUCCCUGUGCUUGUGGUAUCUUUCAUCUUUGCUGGAUUGGGUAAUGGGCUGGGAGACUCGGCGUGGAAUGCGUGGGUUGGGAACCUCGCGAAUGCAAAUGAAGUUCUCGGGUUCUUGCAUGGGUUUUAUGGGCUAGGGGCUGUCCUGAGCCCGCUGGUUGCUACGUCUUUCAUAACCAAAGCUAAUUUGCAAUGGUAUACUUUUUACUACUUGAUGAUUGGCGGUGCUGUAAUUGAGCUCGCUUUUGGCACGGUUGCCUUUUGGAAGGCAAAUCAGCACGAGUUUAGAAAGCAUAUCGCACAAAGUUCAGAGCAGAGUUCCCAGCACAAGGGCGGCAACGGGCUGAAAGAAGCUCUCCUGACCAAGCCGGCUGCCCGCGUUACUUGGCUUUGCGCUGCAUUUCUCCUGGGGUAUGUAGGCGCAGAAGUCGCCUUAGGAGGGUGGAUUGUGACCUUUAUGAUGCGUGUGCGUCAUGGAGGAGCUUUUGCUAGUGGUAUGACUGCCACUGGGUUCUGGAUCGGCAUCACUGUUGGCCGAGUAGUGCUUGGAUUCGUCACGGCUCGUAUUGGAGAGAAGUUUGCUAUUUCGAUAUACCUACUUCUGGCCAUGGCGUUUGAACUGAUCUUCUGGCUCGUACCUCAAUUCUACGUAUCCGCAGUGGCCAUUGCGAUACAGGGAUUCUUCCUGGGCCCUCUGUUCCCUGCUGCCAUAGUUGCUGCAACCAAGUUACUUCCGAAACAUCUUCAUGUAUCGUCAAUCGGUUUUGCAGCUGCACUGGGCGGUGCAGGCGCCGCGGUGUUCCCGUUCGCAGUGGGAGCGAUUGCUCAGGCGAAAGGUGUCCAGGUGCUGCAGCCAUUUGCACUGGCUUUGUUGAUUGCAGUACUUGGAGCAUGGAUGCUGCUUCCACGCAUGCCAAAGAAUGAAGAGUAA